AUGGCCCCCGCCGCCGCCGAGAGCGCUUCACCGAUUGGUAUCGCCAACCUCCCUAACCAGCGACACAAGAUUGUCGCCAAGCGAGGUGCUGCCUUCACUAUUAUGGUUGCUGGCGAGUCUGGCCUCGGAAAGACCACCUUCAUCAACACCCUGUUCUCCACGACCAUCAAGAACUAUGCCGACCACAAGCGCCGUCACCAGAAGCAGGUUGACAAGACUGUCGAGAUCGAGAUCACCAAGGCUGAGUUGGAGGAGAAGUUCUUCAAGGUCCGCUUGACCGUUAUCGAUACCCCCGGCUUCGGCGACUAUGUCAACAACCGCGAUUCCUGGAUGCCCAUCAUCGAGUUCCUUGACGACCAGCACGAGUCCUACAUGCUUCAGGAGCAGCAGCCUCGCCGCCAGGACAAGAUCGACCUCCGUGUCCACACCUGCCUGUACUUCAUCCGCCCUACUGGCCACACCCUGAAGCCCCUCGACAUCGAGGUUAUGAAGAGACUCUGCUCGAGAGUGAACCUGAUUCCGGUCAUCGCCAAGGCUGAUACUCUUAGCCCUGCGGACUUGGCCAAGUUCAAGGCUCGCAUUCGCGCUGUCAUCGAGGCCCAGAGCAUCAAGAUCUACCAGCCCCCUGUCGAGGAGGACGACGAACCCGCUGCUCAGCACGCCCGCAGCUUGAUGGCUGCGAUGCCCUUCGCUGUCAUCGGUUCCGAGAAGGACGUCAAGACCGGCGACGGACGCAUCGUCAAGGGUCGCCAGUACUCUUGGGGCGUUGCCGAGGUCGAGAAUGAGGACCACUGCGACUUCAAGAAGCUGCGGUCAAUUCUCAUCCGUACCCACAUGCUCGACCUCAUCCACACCACCGAGGAGCUUCACUACGAGGCCUACCGCGCCCAGCAAAUGGAGACCCGCAAGUUUGGCGAGGCCCGCCCCAGGAAGCUCGACAACCCCAAGUUCAAGGAGGAGGAGGAGGCGCUCCGCAAGCGCUUCACCGAGCAGGUCAAGAUCGAGGAGCAGCGUUUCCGCCAGUGGGAGCAGAAGCUCAUCGCCGAGCGCGACCGUCUCAACAAGGAUCUCGAACAGACCCACGCCCAGAUCAAGCAGUUGGAGACCGAACUGGAGCAGAUGCAGGGAAGUGCCGUCCGCAGCCACGGUCGCCGUUAA